GGUUGCCUGCACCUGUAGUCAACAAAUUAUAAAUGCGCAAGUGUCUAUAUAUUGACGUUUUGCAGAAUGAAUGAACGAAACAAGAAUGAGUGGGUCAUAAUAAACAGAAGGCAAAUAUAAAUAAUGGAAAUCCCAUGAACCAAGUCCGUAUUUCCUCUUUCCAAUGGAGGUGUUCAGGACAAACGAUUUCUAUAUAUUCAUAAACGGAGAAUAUUCUCUAUGGUGGGACAGGCACACAGGAGCAUUUAUACCAAAAACUGGCUGGGAUUUAACAGAUGCUGAUGAUCCAGUUUGUUUAGGAGUAUGUGAUGGAAUUAUUGGAAAAGUAGAACACAGUCCUUUGUUUGAUCCUAGACUAUUGCUUAUCAAAGAAAGUCUUCCAAUUGGGAAACUCCAUGGGGACAACAUAGUCUUCAAAAUAAAAUCGGUAGCAUUUUUGCCUUUGAAUGGCGAUGAGACUGAUAUUAAUUUAAAACCAUGUAGCAAGCACAAGUCAAUUGAAACAAAACCAAGUCAGCAAUCUGGUUCUUUAUUUGAUUUACAGAGAAAUGCAGCAUUCUCAAAAACAUGGGGCACCCUCAAAAGCGCAGGGAACACCAUCAAAAACACCACCCAACAAGCAGCCGCUAUGGCCUCGGGGAAUAAAAAAAAUACCAUCAAGGAUAAAGAUCGUUUUGAGAGGCAGAUCAUCGACGAAUUUCACAAGAUUUUUACGGACACAAAUUCGUUUUAUUAUUCACACACGACAGAUCUGACCAACUCGCUGCAAAGGUUGUGUAACUUGGAAAAGCAGGAUGCUAUCGAUCCCAAAGCAUUGUGGAAAUCUGUGGACGACAGGUUUUUCUGGAACAAACAUAUGCUCAAAUCUAUCAUAGAACUAGAGAAUCCAUUAUGUGAUCCGUGGAUUCUGCCAAUCAUUCAAGGAUAUAUUCAGAUAGAAAACUGCAAAGUUGAAAUGGGUAGAGAUUUGGUAGACAUCGAUCAGAAAAGCUACGAAAUUUUCACGCUUUGUAUUUUGUCAAGGAGAAGCAGAUUUAGGGCAGGAACAAGGUAUAAACGAAGAGGCGUUGACGAAAAUGGUGAAGUUGCAAAUUAUGUAGAAACAGAACAAAUGAUAAUUUAUCAAACGCACGAAGUGUCAUUCGUACAGAUACGUGGUUCAGUUCCAGUUUAUUGGUCGCAACCUGGAUUCAAGUACAGGCCACCACCUAGAAUUGAUAGAGGUGAAGCUGAAACGCAGAUAGCAUUCGAGAAGCAUUUCAAUAAAGAGAUACAACGAUACGGACCAAUGUGUAUAAUAAAUUUGAUUGAUCAAUCUGGAAAAGAAAAAAUCAUAUUUGACGCGUAUUCUCAAAUGGUGUUGCGGUAUAACAGUCCUUUUAUAACUUAUGUCACCUUUGAUUUUCAUGAAUACUGCAGAGGCAUGCAUUUUGAGAACGUCUCUAUCCUUAUCAACGCAGUCAGUGAUACUAUCAAAGAUAUGAACUACUGUUGGCGGGAUAAACAAGGUCACAUUUGCUCACAAAAUGGCGUCUUCCGUGUUAACUGCAUAGACUGUUUGGAUCGUACAAAUGUAGUACAGACAGCAUUAGGCAAAGCUGUCAUGGAAAUACAAUUUUGCAAACUGGGAUUGGUCUCACCCGAGGGUGAGAUGCCCGAAAAUAUAAAAAAUACCUUUCAGUUACUUUGGGCGAACAACGGUGAUAUUAUCAGCAAGCAAUACGCUGGUACAAACGCGCUUAAGGGAGAUUACACAAGAACCGGGGAGAGGAAAUUCACUGGGAUCAUGAAAGAUGGGAUGAAUUCAGCGAAUAGAUACUUUAAAAACCAUUUCAAAGACUCGCUGCGCCAAUGUUGCUUAGACCUGAUGCAAGAAGGCGAAAUCCACGAAGUCGAACUAUACGAUUUCUGGACGUAUUUACGCAUCGCGAGCCGAAUCGCUAGCGAAGUGCUGCCACCAGAUCCACCAUCGGUAGGGCCACAUCUGGCUCUGCAGCAAGAAUUCGAGUUCGCGCAUAUGAUCUACCAAAUGACUAGAUAUUAUUUGAGCCGAUUCAAAGACUCUACCAGACAGGGAACGAUAGAUUUGAUGUUGGGUAACAGAGUUUCCGAAGAUGUCUUCAACGAAUCCAAAACGACUCAAGAUGAGGAAGAUAGUGUAGCCACCGCAGAACACGUGAAAUUGUUGAUAGAAGAUUGCAAGAAGAUGUUGAUUAACCAGCCUGAAAUGGUGUUAGGAGCAUGGGGUCUCAUUAAUGCUGAUCCAGUUAUAGGAGAUCCCAAUGAAACGGAAAUGGACACCAUAUUGAUCCUCACCAAAGACUCCUACUUUGUAGCAGAUUAUGACGAUCAGGUGGACAAAGUGACGAACUAUCAAAAAGUAAUGUUGUCCGACAUCGCCUUGCUAGAAUUCGGCAUGGCCGAGUCCCAGAGCUCCAUUUUUAAGACUUCCAAACACCGGUACUGCAUUAGGAUUAACUACAAGAUGAACGGUGUCGAUGGUUACUACCAUAUGUUCAGAUCGACGAAUUUGAGGUUUUUCAACAACAUGGCUGUCGUUAUCAAGAAUACUGACGAGGAAAUUGAAUCUCUAAAGGCAAUCUGCGAGGCAUUCGUUGUAGCCAUGGACAUUUGCGGUCUUCCACCUGUUCCCUUCCGAAUCGGUCAAGCUUUGGACAGACGAAAGUCGAAAGUGUUCAACAAUACAUCGUCAAGCAACAACAUUUAUUUGGACAUCGUCUCACUGCCACAGAUGACGAGGAACGUUUCAGAGGGGCAGCUACUGUCUUUGAAAAAUGUUGGUUCUAAAGCGAUCUCCAACGUGACCCAACAGUUUUCGAAACUGAACAAAAUCGGAGAUCGAUUCAAGCCUAAACGUUUAAGACAACGACCCGACUUUGUCUUAGGCCAGAAAAGCAGAAACGAAACUUCCAGCGAAUCGGAUGAAGACUACGAAAACUCGAUCUUCCAACCUAACAUCGGCGUUGAAAGUAGGAGAGCUAUGCAGUAUGUCACAGAUGCCGGGGUUGAAGGAAUAGAACAAGGCAUAGAAGUAAGCGAAGAUCUGCCCUCGUCAGGCUCGAACCACGACAGUUUUCUGCCAGGAGUGGGCAUAGUGAUGGGCAACAAAAACGAACAAAAUUCCGUCGAAGGCGUCCUAGAAAAUAAGCAGAAUCUGUUGAGCAGAGUUGAUUCGUCGCAGUUGGACGACGUACAACUGUCGAGCAUCAUGCAGAACGUCUCUUUGAGUCAAAUAGCGCCAGAAAUCCAAAUUAGCAUGGAUGGAAUUGACAGUUCAAGAAAGCAACCGCCAACUACUUUGCGGCUUGAAAAAAAGUUCAGUAAAUCAACUGGCGAAAUGGACGAAGAUUCUUCAGAACAGCAAAUGGACGAAUGCUUUGACGGACAGAUGAAUAUGUCCCAGUCUCAGAGUGAGUCAGCCUUGAAAGACAAAAUGGGAAUGAGCAGCCCUCUGAGUAGUUCUACCAAGGAUCUGGUUCUAUCACCUUUAAGCAAACUUGCCAGGGGCAUGCAAAAUAUUGGAGUUAAUUUGGACCCUCGUAAACUUAGCGGCCAGGUGCGACAUAUAAGCGAAAAGGACAUAGAGGAACACAAGAAACUCCAAGAACGAUGGCAAAAUAGCAAAACAAGGCUUGUUGCUUUAUAAUUAUAAUCGCAAAUCAUCUACUAUACUUGAUUUAACAUUUGUAUAAAACAUAUUUAGAACCUGCAUUGCAAAAAAUUCAUCAAAUGCUUGGUCAAGCAUAUUGGGAACCUGUGAUAGACAUCAGAUUGACGUGUCUCAAUGUUUUUACUCGUUUUAUGGUCCAAAUUAUAUCAACUGGCUGCUCCCUGCGAAAUUUCAUGUUUAUAGGUCAAAUAGUUUUCGAGAUUUCGUUUUUUUUAUAUCUGCCUUUAGCCCCAUUAUUCCGGCCCAGUUUAAGAAUAUCUUCUUAGCUGAUACGUUUUGUUUAUAAAUGCCAAAUUUUAUGUUCAUAGGUCAAAUUGUGUUUGAGAUGAAUUUGUAUAAUCUUGAAAAGUGAUCAGGUUCUUCAUAGAAAUAUUCAACAUUUGCAGGAUAUGAUUUCUGAAAAACUUUGUUAAUAAUUAUUUAAAGCUGAAUAUUAUAAAUUCUUAAAAAUAUGCAAUUGUUAGUGGCCAUUUACAAUGUAUCAAAGAAGCAGCGACCAUAUGAAACCCAUAUCUACGAGGUUUGUCCAGAAAAUACGUAUAAAAUCGAAAAAAUAACUUUAUUUUAUAAUUUUUUUUAGUAUUUUCCGGACACACAUCGUAUAUACCUAAUAUUAAAGAAUGCUUCUCCAUAGUAGCUUUUAUCCCUUAUUUCAACCCCGUAAAGUCAUUUUCACAACAAUUGGUAGCCUAUAUCUAUCUUCAAGGUCAUUUAUAAAUAUCGAAUUAGGGAUAUAAUCUGAUUAAAAAAUCUGUGCUGCUCUAAUGGAAAAUUUUGGAGUGUGAGGUUGAAUCAUUAAAAAACACGUUAUGCCCGAACCUGAUAUCGUAUCACAGCUCUCCUAUCGAAGUGUGUCAAUUAUAUUUUAGAACGUCAUUGUAAAGUUUUAAGCGUGGAGUAUGCACAAAAAAUAGUGAUGCCUUAGUGAUAUAAUAAUAUAGUUGUUAUUGUUGAUUCUUUAUUAUUAAUUUAUAUCGUAUACACAAUAUUAUUUAUUCAUAAUUUAUACUUUAUUGUUGAUAACUAUAUUCAAAUAAGCCUGUUUGAACUUAUUGCGAAAUAUUGAUUUUUGAUCUUUGUUGUCUAUGCAACAUAUUUUAUUGAAUUUACUCGAUUAUUCAAGUUUUGGCAAAACAUUUAAAGCAAAUUGAAUUGAAAUGUUGAAAAGUUGAAGGCAAUAAAAAUCAGAAAUAAAAUGUUUUGAGAUAUGUUUUCUGGAAAUAAAUGACGACCAUAUACAGGAUGAUUAAAAAAUAAUGCAGUAUUUUAAGAGCAGGAGGUGUAUCCAAAAAUAACAAAAAAAAAAAUUGGGUGGGACCCCGCAACAAAUUAUGAUACGGAACUCCUGAAUAGCAAGCUACGCAACUGUUGUUGAUUUAUGUUGCUCUUAAUUUAAGUUACCAUUAAGUCAGUAUUAGAAAACGCUAUUUAAUCUGGGGCUUGAAAGCUUUAAAAAACGAAACAAUAAAUGCAAGAGCCGAUUAGAGUAAAAAAUGUGAUACAUUCAUUUAAAUGUAUAGUUAUUACAGUAAAAAUAGUAAUAGUUACUCGUUCGAAUUGUUACUAGUUUGCUAAAAAAAAUGACACAGAUUAUAGUCCAGUUUGAAAGGGGCACUCAAAAUCCUCAAAAUUUCUAUAUAAUGGGUGACCAAUGAGAAGCUCACUUUUUGAUUUAAGAAAAAAGAACUACAAACUUGAUGAAAAGAAAAUAUUAAUUACUAUCGACAUACUCGUAAUUUCGGCGGUUUUAUUUCUUAAAUAUCAUUCGGUCCAGCGGAAUGCUUCCGUACAAAAUGCCGAGGUUUUGCAAUGACCGAAUCACUUACUUACUCUUCGGUUGAUAAAGUAGGUGUGGGGAGGAGAAUGGGUUGACUAAGCCGGAACCUCUUAACCCACUUUUUCUAGGUUCCUACUUGGAGCAUCUUUUAGUCGGCGAAUGUUGUGUCGUGUACAAAAUUUCCGAAGAACAGCUGCCUUUGAAUCACCACUCUCAAAGUAAGCCUCUCCGGCAAAAGCACGUUGUGCUCCGGUCCAACGUUCCAUUGUGACUAUUUAACCCGCACGCCGAACGCGUCGAUCAAGACCUCUCCCCCCACUUCCUCGCGUAUACGGUCGCCGCGUAAUUCAAAUUUGAAAUGUGAACUUUCCCACUGUACACCCUGUGUAUCCAAACAUACCUAAAACUUGAUUUUAUAUAACUUUAAAACAGACUUUUGUAUCCGGUACAUUUGUAGAGAAUGAAAUUAUUAAACAUUCUUGUUUUCCUUAACACCGAGUUUUACUGGACUAUAAUCUGAUGUCUCACCAGUGUUUUUAAGUAUUGUACCGUGUUUUUUGAGCAAUAAGAAACCUGACGCAUGCUAAAAUUAAUUGCACCGAAUCUGCACGAUUCUUGCAGUUCUUUCUUUUUACGAAUCUUGCGAGUUGGCAAACAGGUUUUGGGGAAAAUGCCGUUUACGUCCGUGGGGUUUUUUCUUUUUUUUAUGUUAUCACUCUUCUUUCAAAGUUUUGGUUUACUUAAAUUUGCCAACUCAAUAUUGAGUUAGAUGUUUAAGGCAUAAAAUCCACCGCAUUCCAUAAUAUUCCUUGCUGUGAUGUGAAAAAAGAAUGAUUUAACGAAAAAUACACUAGUUAUUGCUUGUGAAUAAAAUUUUUUUUACUAGAUAUUCGUGUAUACAUACAUAGUUUUAGGCACAGCAUGAUGAUAAUUACUAUAACAGUUCUGUACUAGCAACGUUUUUCACCAUCACAAGUCAGUUGCACAAAAUUAGGGUUGAUUAUAAGGGUUUUGCAGUUCAGUAAUACAAACUUAACUAAGACUCACGCAGUAUGCUAUGUAGCUAUUGAAUAUUUGUUCUUUUAGACUAAAAAAAAUAAUACUGUAUUUUUUCAGACCAUAAAACUUUAAUUUUCAAAUAUACUUUUCUUAGACAUGAUCUAAUCAUAUUAGACGAAAAUACCCCUGGUUUGCGAAAUAAUUGUGAAGUCUGGUUUUAAGCAUCCCACAAACCGGCGCGAAAUAUUCGCUUUGGCUGCGAAAAUUUCGCGGCGAUGAAUUCGCGAUCAGAUUAAAACGCGCCGGUUUACGGACAGGCUCAGACUUGUGCGAAGCGAUUGCGAUUGUUCCAGCGUUUUUAUCGCCUUUGACCGCGUUUUUGACGCCGUUCUUCAAAAAUUCGCAAUGGCAAAAACGGAAUUAUUGAUAGAAAUAGUGAAAAAGUAUCCUUGUUUGUAUGAUUUGUCGAACGAUGAAUACAGGAAUGUGAGAAAGAAAGACAAGAUUUGGAUGGAAAUAGGAAAAGAAUUAAAUACAAAUAGUAUGUAUAUUUUUUAUUAACUUGUUAAAUAAUUUACAGUCUACACAAAUGUGAAAACGAACAUUCUGUAUAUUGGGCAUAGGCAUAUCAGAAUUAAAAUAAUUUACGAAUUUGUCACGAGUAGAAAAUGCUAGCCUUGCUGCCCGCCGAGGAUCAUUUGCUAUAUCAGUAAAAGCUCCAAGCACGGGUUCUGGGGGAUCUAAGAAUUGAAAAUAUUUGUCAUCGCCACUUUUACUUCGUAAAAAAUUGUGUAAAACACACGCCGUACGUACAAUUAGAAUAGUAGUAUCUACUUUAGUUUCUAAUGGCCUGUAAAAUAUUCUCCAUUUUUGAGACAAAAUACCAAACGCAUUUUCCACGACCCUUCUAGCUCGACAAAGUCUUACAUUGUAUUUCUCUUUUCUGACGUCUGUUAAAGUCUGCUUAUAAGGAAAUGGUCUCAUAAGGUAUGGUUUUAAAGCAAAUGCUUCAUCACCAAUUAAGACGUACGAGCAGAUUUCAUUUUGCCCAGGGAGAAAUCUAGGUGCAGGGACACUCAUUCAAUUUUGUUCAAAUCGUUUUCCCAUGUUUGAGGUUUCGAAAAUACCCCCAUCACUAUUUUUUCCGAAACCACCAAUAUCAACACAUAUAAAUUUAUAGUCCGGGCCAACAAUGGCCAUAAGUACUAUUGAAUAUUUAUGUAAAUAGCACCAGUAAUUGGAGCCACUGUUGUUAGGUCUCUUGAUUGUUACAAGUUUACCGUCCACGCUGCCAAUGCAAUUGGGAAAUCCCCAUCUAUUUUCAAAUUCUUCAGCACAUUUUUUCCAUAUAUUCUCUGUUGGUUCUGGUAAAUAUAUAUGUUCCAUAUGUCUGCAUAUCGCUUCACAGACUUCGGUUACGAUUGCACUCACUGUUGUAAAGCCAACUCGAAAGCUAUGCCCAAUGGUAUAGAAGGUGUCACCAGUGGCAAGGCAUCUAUACAAAAAAUCGUUUUUAGGUGAUGAAGUAAAAAAAAGGUGGAAGAAUAUCAGAGACACAUUUGCAAAAUAUAUAAAAUCUACCAAACCAAAGACCGGCCAAGCAGUGGACAACAUAAAGAAAUGGCAGUGGGCUGACCACAUGGAAUUUUUCCGUCCUUUUUUGGCAUUUGCCAAAACGUCGUCUAAUGUGAAAGAUAUUGACGUCAUACAUUAUGAGACUGCCGAAUUUAACUCAAAUAUAUAUCAGGAAAGGGCUGGAAAUGUAGAAACCGAACAUUUGGAAGACCGCGACCAUGGAGAAGAUGAAAAUGCUGAUGUAGAUGCAGAAGAUGCACAGAACGCCUCGGCAACACAGACAGCACCACCUUCUUCAUUGAACACUACAGCAGUGACUACUCCAGGGCACACCUUUCCGCAGACUGCAACUACACCAAAAUAUAAAACGAGCAGAAAACGUUAUGAACCACCAUCUUCGUCUGUACAACAGCUCAUUAUUUUGAAGGUAAAAAACCUAAAAAAGAGAACGAGGCCAUUGAUUCACUUUUCUUGGCACAUGCACAGACUGUGAAAACACUUCCCUUAAAGCGUCAAGCCCGAAUAAAACUAAAAAUAGCCGAAUUAAUAGCGCACGAAGAAUUUGAACAUAUUGAAGAAAUGUCUUCAGCGUCUACCCAGAAUUCUGCAAGUAUGUAUGAUAGUAGUAUGUCGUCCUUCCCAAGCGGCACUCGGUUCACUCCAAUAAUAUACCCAACAGAGGAGGCAAAUUCUGCCUCGAAUUAUUUAGCAACAUUUAAUCCUAGUGGCAACAUGUAGUCCAAUUAUUACAAUAAAAUAUUUAUUUCACGAUCCCUGAAGUUUUCGUAUUCGAUAAGCCUACUAAUUUUAAUACAUAUAAUUUUUUUACCUGAGUGUAAUAGCAAGUCGUUCUUCUGGCGAAAUAGCUUCACGAUAAUUUGUGUCAGAUUUUCGUAUUUCAUCUUUCACCAAUUUCAAUAUUUCAUCGAAACACUCUGGAGUCAUUCUAAAAUAUACGUAAAAGCGCUGUUCAUCCAGCCGAAGUUGUGGCAUCAAGGUAUGGUAUUCCCCAAAUUUAUUUCGUUCCAAGUUAAUAUCAUGUACCCACUUCCUUCGUUUCCUAAACAAAAUUGAAAACAUUUGUUUUAUGUACUUCGUUAAACUUAAUACAUACCCAACUAUCAAAUGGCGUUAAAUAAACAUAACUUACCGUGCAUUUUGUUCCUCUUCUAAAGCAAGAAAUAGAAGUGCCUCCUCUUCUUCUGAAGACGAGCUCAUUGCAAAAGGCAAAAAUAAAAUGUACGCAACCUGGCGAAACAGAUUGCGAAUUUCGCUCUGAAUUUCGUUGCGAAUACUUCGCCGCGAUUAUUUCGCGCCGGUUUGUGGGAUGCUUUAUUGCUGCAAGGGGUUGCGAUUGAACUAACCCUGUAUAUUGCUCAAUAAACUAGUAGUGAUGGCCGGACAAUAUAAUCUAAUUUUGCUAUUACUUGCGAUUGAAUCUAAAAAACACGUUGUCUUAUUCUUUGUUGUCAAAUUAAAAGUUUUCCCACAAAAGUUGGUGUACCCAUUUUAUGCGUCAUAUUUUAAAUACGCCCUUGAACAACUUGCACCAAUAAAACCAGACUUUACAAUUAUUUCGGGGAAAUUUGCUAAUAUGAUACUGUUUGUAAACAACAGCAUAACCUCUCAAACCUUUAAACAUGCAUACGUGACUUCUACUAGUUUACUUUAAAAGGCACCAUAAUUUUUUUUUCUUAGAUUCUGGCUGGUCUUCCACCUAACCCAAAAUGAAAAUUUCACCUACACGUAUUGUCGCUUGAAUAUAGAACUAGCGCAAAUCCACUUCCGGUGAGAUUACGUCUUUUCUUUAGACAAACAAUGCCGGAGUUACGACAUCGACUAGCUGUUUUCUACAAAUCUACUUAGACGGUUUUCCCUCAGCAAGAGAUGUAAGCAAGAUUCUGAAAUUUUUGAGAAUAAAGUCAUUGAGGCAACUUACGCCUUCUUUCUGAACAAAUAGAUUUCCGAGAUGUUUUAACAACGGUACUUCAGAAUCCCUCUUAUCUAUCAUAGAUACCACUGAACGUCAAACUCACGUUGUUUAUAAGAUCUGCCCUAAUUUUGAGAAAUUUUCACCUCUUCGUCAUACAUGUACUUAACCGUCAAUUAUGUAAGUGUAUAUUUACCGAUUUGUAAAAACAUGAAUAAAAAACGUGUGCAAGC